AUGGCAGUAACAUGGUUACCAGCUAUUCAACGAGAAAUCAUUCGGUAUGGUGUUAGCUUAUAUCUUAUCUUAGGUAUCGUCGGCAGUAUUUGCAACUGUCUAAUAUUUACACGCCGAGCAUAUCGACGUAGUCCCAGCUCAAUUUAUCUCCUUUCCUUAUCAAUAUUUUCAAUCAUGUUUUUACUUUGGACGCUUCCUCCAUUGCUUUAUGCACUUAAUAACACGGAUCUUCAAACUCAAUCCGUCUUCUAUUGUAAAGUACGGCAAUACGGCAGCCAUACAUUCAGUCUUUUUCUUCGAUAUGCAGUCGUUCUUGCUUGUAUCGAUCGAUAUUUUGCUACACGAGCAAACGUGCGUCUUCGCUCAUUCAGCUCGAUUAAAGCAGCAGUAAUACUUGUUUGCAUUAUGUGCGUUAUAUGCACAUUAGUUCCUCUGCAUAUGCCCAUAUUGAUAUAUAUUAACAGCGCCGGCACUUGUGGAAUGUUCGGCAUGUACAAGUUAUCGUAUGCAAUUUAUCAAAUUAUUUUUUUUACUUUUACACCUCCUAUCUUAAUGGCAGUCUUCAGUCUUUUAACGAUUCGUGAUCUGUAUCAGCGUCAUAAUGCAAGUCAAGUCUCUGCCAGAAAAUUAGAUCGUCAUCUUGCAUAUAUGGUCAUUACUGAAGUUGUCAUUAAUAUCAUCUCAUCGGUUCCAUAUGGAACUAACCUUCUCUAUGGUGCAUUGACAUACUAUGUGACGAAUAAAACCAUAGAGAGGUUAGAAAUAGAAGCCUUCUUUAGUUUUAUCACUCUGAUGCUUAUCUACCUAACUGGUGUUGUUCCAUUCUAUUUAUUUAUUUCAAUAUCCAAACCAUUCCGACUUGAAUUCAUCAAUCUCUGUCGUAGUAACGUUUUACGUCAUUCUCAAAUCGUCCCAACAAAUGACGUCCAUACAAUUAUUAUGAAUCCUCGUUAA